UUUUCAGAAAGAAAAAAAAAAAAUAAUGUUUGCACAUGCCAAUUGAAUAGUAUUAUAUAAGUACCCAAAACCCACACUCUCCUUCACCAAAAUAGAAAUUGAAAUGGCUUAUUCUUUAACUUCCAACAACAAAAAAGAGAUUGAAAAAGAGCUUCUACCCCUUAUACGUGUCUACAAAGAUGGAAGUGUAGAACGUCUUAUAGAGUCUCCAAUAGUUCCACCUUCCCUUCAAGACCCUCAAACCAAUGUCUCAUCCAAAGACAUUAUCAUCUCCAACAAUAAUCCUUCCCUCUCUGCUCGCAUUUUCCUUCCAUAUUCCCACAAACACAAUAACAAAAAGCUUCCCAUCUUUCUCUACUUUCAUGGCGGCGCUUUUUGCGUCGAAUCAGCCUUCUCUUCUUUAUACCAUAAUUACCUCAAUAUCUUAGUUUCUGAAUCAAAUAUAAUAGCUGUGUCUGUUGAUUAUAGACUCCUUCCACAUCAUCCUCUUCCUGCAGCUUAUGAAGAUGGUUGGAUUUCUCUUCAAUGGCUUGCUUCUCACACAAGCAAUGAAAUCAACAAUAAUAACAAAGAACAAUGGUUACUAGAUUAUGGUGAUUUCAACAAAGUUUACAUUGGUGGUGACACCAAUGGUGCUAACCUUGCUCAUAACAUAGCUAUGCGUGCUGGAACUGAAACAUUACCAAACAAUCUUAAAAUAUUUGGUGUAUUACUCUGUAGUCCUUUUUUUUGGGGUUCAAAGUCAAUUGGGUUAGAAGCUUUGGAAGACAAUGAACGUCAUGGAUUGGCUAUUAAAGUUUGGAACUUUGUGUAUCCUAAUGCAAAGGGUGGAAUUGAUAAUCAUAUGGUUAAUCCUUGUGCUGAUGAUGCACCUAAUUUGGCUACACUUGGUUGUUCUAAGAUGCUAGUUACUGUUACUGAUAAAGAUGAGUUUAGAGACAGAGAUCUUUUGUAUUAUGACUCUGUUAGAAAAAGUGGAUGGCAAGGUCAACUUGAAUUGUUUGAAGCUGGAGAUGAGGAACAUGGUUUUCAGAUAUUCAAUCAUCAAACUCAUACGGCUAAAAACUUCAUCAAACGUUUGGCUUCUUUUCUUGUUUGAUUAAUUAGUCGCUGCUUUUAUUGAAAUAAGUGGUUUUUAAUUACAUUUGGUUUUCUUUUGUGUUUUGUCUAAUAUUUAUUUGAAUGUAAUGUUGGAUUGUUCUCUAAUUUUUGUAUGGUGUUGUUUAUGUUUCUA